AUGGCAAUUCACUACCUUAUUCUGUUAUCGCGGCAGGGCAAAGUGCGACUUGCCAAAUGGUUUACAACUCUCUCGCCGAAGGAGAAGGCCAAGAUCAUCAAAGAUGUGACCCAGCUUGUCUUGUCGCGCCGGACGCGGAUGUGCAAUUUCCUCGAAUAUAAAGAUACGAAAGUUGUCUACCGCCGCUAUGCCUCCCUAUUCUUCAUUGCCGGAUGCGCUUCCACCGAUAACGAAUUGAUCACCCUCGAAGUCGUGCAUCGAUACGUCGAGCAGAUGGACAAGUACUACGGCAACGUGUGCGAGCUCGACAUCAUUUUCAACUUCCAGAAAGCAUACUUCAUCCUCGAUGAGCUAUUACUCGCGGGAGAAAUGCAAGAGAGUAGCAAGAAGAAUGUUCUCAGGUGUAUCAGCCAGCAGGAUAGCUUGGAAGACGUGGAGGUGAGUCUAGUACCCCCGGGAUUGUGUCUUUAUUUCGUUUUUACAUACAUUGCCGCGAAUAUGGGUUUUGAACACGUCAACUCUCAAAUCAUCCACUUUCCCCCAAUCAUCGGCCGCCCUUCCACCGUGUAUCCGCCCCUGGGACUCGGCCAUACUCUUGUUGCUAUGCCUAUCCUAUCACAAGCCUGA